AUGCGUGAUCUCCGAAGGAUUCCACGAACGCUUGCCACGCUUCGAAAUCGUUAUCGACAGGUCAUCUCAUCUUGCGCCACAUGCAAAAUCUUUCACGGCCAGGCCGCAAGCCUCCCAACGGCUCCGUUACCAGCAUUCAGGCUGGAGACGGCCCCACCGUUCUACCACACAGGCUGUGAUUUCGCCGGUCCCAUAAAAUACAAGAAUGACUCGGGCGAGAAAGCGAAAAGCUACAUUCUCCUAUUCGUAUGCGCAGUCACCCGAGCGAUUCAUCUCGAGCUAACAACCGACAUGUCGACCUCAGAGGUUCUCGGUGCUCUACAGAAAUUCGUGAACCGAUACCCCUCAGUUACCACGAUCACAUCAGACAACGGUUUAUCGUUCCAGAGAACAGCGAAGGAGCUCAAGCUCUUAUACGACCACAUCGUCAAUGGAGAUGUGAAGAGAUGGCUCGCAGACAAAUUCAUCAGAUGGAACUUCAUAACGCCAAACGCUCCGUCUCAUGGGGGUUUCUACGAGCGGCUGGUCCAGUCAGUCAAGCGACCAUUGAGAAAAGUUCUCGGGACGUCAGUUCCACAUUUUCGAGACCUCGAGAUUAUCUUAAGCAAAAUCGAGCUGAUGAUACAUAAGCGCCCAAUAACAACUGUUGCAUCGGGCGUCGACUCCACGGAAGCCCUCAGCCCAAUGGACCUAUUGCACAACUAUCGAGGCGACACUUUCUUCCCUCAGCAUGCCGCCAGCCCGAUGAAAUCCAAGGAUUCAGAUAAAAUCAUCUUCUCCAGGAGAUGGACCUAUCAGCAGAGGAUCCUGAACGCCUUCUGGAAAAGAUUCCACCGCGAAUAUCUAAGCUAUCUGAGAUCAGCUCAUAAAAGACUCCCCGUUCCGGCCAGACCGCUGAAAAUCGGCGACAUUUGCCUGCUUGAAGAUUCGAACGCCAACCGGGCUUAUUGGCCCCUCUGUAAGGUUAUUGCACUCAAAAGCGACUCGACACCUGAGAUAUCGAAAUCAUGCACUAUCAGAACGGCCGCAGGCCGAAUUUUCAACCGUCCCAUCACGAAACUUUACCCCAUCGAACCCACAGCGCAGGUAUGA